GCACUUCCACCAUGUUUCGGCUCCCCGGGAAGCCUGGGUUCACCAGUCCGGCCCUGGCUCUCCUCUCGAACCACUGCCGCCUGGUCUCCUGGAGACGGGAGUUUGCAGCCUCCGAUUGUGGCGUGGGGCUGCACGUUCUGCUCCACUGUGAGGUCACCUGCCCUCCAGGGUGGAACGCAGGGCGCUGAGGCUCCCCCAGUGGCGCCAGGCAGUCCGGAAGCUGAGCACGCUGGCCGCUGGCCCGGACCUCCGGAGGCUAGCGGCCCCUGCCCGCCCGGUGCCCGAGACGCAGAAGAGGCCGAGGAGCAGCCAUGAGCAUCCUGUUGCUCCUCCUGGGCUGCCUCGUGUGCCUCUUCCUGCUGGUCUUCUGGCCCCGUGACUGUCAGAGACACACUGGUGAAACAUCAUCAAACUCGACUGCUUUCCUACUAGUGAGACCAUCUUCUGUGACUGAGUCAGCUAACAGCGAUGGUGACAACAGUGUGACAGUCAUCCGCCUCUCUCGGGACACCUUAAUUAAUUCCCCGAGCUCCGAGGUUGUGGACAAACUAGUAGUGGUAAACCUCAGGGUGGUGGAAUACAACCUCGCCGAACUGGAACGUUUGGUAGUCACCAGGCGUUUAAGUGGCACACUAGUGAACCAUAAACCCACCGGGCAGGCUGGCAGCAUGUGCUGACAGUGUACACAAUCAUUAAAUGCACUUUGAAUGCAUUCACUGGACUAGUAUAUGUGUUUACACCAAAUUAAUUAUUGUUUAGAAGGGGAGGAUAGGCCAAGUAAGAUGCAAAACCCAGACAUUAUUAAUUUGCAUACUCACAGUUAAAGAGUGGAUUACAUGUUGCUAAUACAUAUUUUACCAGGGAAGGAAUG